GCCAGGUCCCUUCAGGCACCGUAACCAGGGCGCUUGCCAAACUCAAAGUUAAGCAGUUUUAGGUCAGCACCCAAGAAUUUUUGCUUGCGCCUCGCGACACAAACCAAACCCAACAGGCGCAUUUCGCACCUUCCGACAACGUCAAAUUCGACUAUUACUCCUUCUCUCUCUACCGCUAUUCGCGACUCUUGCCUGGUGCAAAGUUGCAAACAAACUCUCCACGAAAGGAAGGAAUUGCUUUGAAAUUGAACUUUCAUUUUCACUGCUUCUCGCCCCACUUCUGAAUCUCCUGCUUCCACUUCUUUUGCCUCUACUCUAUUGUCUCUGCCCCGCGAUCUUUCAUCCGCGAAACCCUUCAUCUUCCACCACGACCCUGCAGACAGAAGCCCAACAAAAUGGCCGCCGCUGUAGCUGACACCCCCAAGAUGGACGAGCAGGUCGACCUCACCACCAUCCCCGUCGACCCCGCUGGCAAGGAGGAUUCUUCCGAUGUCAAGGACGACGACAAGCCUGUCACCGUUUUCCACGACAAGGACAACUUCAACGUGAAGCACCCUCUUCAGAACAAGUGGACUCUCUGGUUCACAAAGCCCCCGAGUGGCAAGGGCGACAACUGGAACGAUCUCCUAAAGGAAGUUAUUACCUUCGACUCCGUUGAGGAAUUUUGGGGCGUUUACAAUAAUGUCGCACCCGUUUCCGAGCUUUCCCUCAAGUCCGACUACCAUCUCUUCAAGGCUGGCGUCCGCCCCGAGUGGGAGGACCCCCAGAAUAAGCACGGUGGCAAGUGGUCUUACCAGUACAAGGAUAAGCGAAACAUCGAUGUCGACCGUCUUUGGCUUCAGGUCAUGAUGGCCGCUAUCGGCGAGACUCUCGAGGAUGAGGACGAUGGCGAGGUCAUGGGUGUAGUUGUCAACGUUCGAAAGGCCUUCUUCCGAAUUGGUGUCUGGACUCGUACCAUCGGAAAGAGCAUCCCCGGCCGAGGUGAGGGUGAUGUCGCUGGUGGCAAGGGCCGCAGCGGUGAGAAGGGUAAGGAGAUUCUCCUGUCUAUUGGCCGCAGGUUCAAGGAGGUUCUCGAGCUGCCUGCCUCAGAGCAGGUUGAGUUCUCUGGACACACCGACAGCGCCCACUCGGGCAGCACACGAGCCAAGGCUAAGCACGUUGUUUAAACGUGCGAGGAUUUACGCAGAGGCACGACGUUGAUUUAGCACGAUAUCCGAUAAUGACCAUUUCACGUUUCUGAACCUGACGCCGUUCAUCUGGCGAUUCACGAGAGGUCGACGAGUUGUUGAAGCAGAAGCGGGACAGCAAGGAUUGAGCGGCGACUGGCUUGAACCGGGACAUGUGAACCGCUCAGUCAGCCUGGCCACGAGUCAUCCUUAAUUUCAUUUGGCUCAAUGUUCUAUUGGCGUUGCUUGGACGGGCUGUUUCCCAAGUGGCAUCCACGAAGUAUGAAAAAGGGCCACCCAAGGAGGGGAAAGGAAAAUAGAUUUUUGUACUUUCGAACAACUGUAAUCAGUUGCUUCGCAUGAAUACUUGCUAGGCAUACUCAAUUGCUACUAACUCGAUGAAACAAUACUCGCAUAUAUUUGGUGAAAUGUGGGUUACUGGAGUGAUUAUAAAGUUUCAUAUCUUACACUUUUUACUUUUUCAAUGGAAGUCGAUUAAAUCAACUCUCAUCCCCGCUGAUAUCGUCGGGGAAGAUGCUCUUGACCAAUUGCUUCUUGUUGAUCUUGCCCAUAGCAUUUCGGGGUAUUUGAUCAACAAGUCGCAUAACCUGGGGGAUCUUAUAACUUGCCAAGCGUCCCUUGAGGGCCCUUCGCAUGUCGAGGGCCGACCACUUCUUGACAACGUCUUUAUCUAGAACCAGGACAGCGCCGACCUUGUGACCCCAUUGCCCACUAGGCACAGCCACGACAGCUGCUUCGGCGACCUCGGGGAUGGAUAAUAGCUCUCGCUCGACUUCUAGAGCGCUUACCUUUUCGCCCCCUGUCUUGAUGAUAUCAGCGGACUUGCGUCCUUGGAUGAAGUAAAGGGGGCCAUGUGUCCAUGACUGGGAAGCGAUGGCGGAGGAGACUGGACGGCGGACAGCUACGUCGCCUGUCUUGAACCAUUUCCCCUCUCCGUCUGAAUCUUCGACGAAUUCGCUCGCUGUUGCGGCCGGAUUGCGCCAGUACUCGCGGAAGAUGGUUGGGCCUCUUAGCUGAAUCUCACCAGAGCGCUCGCGGCCUUGAGCAUUGAUUUCUUCUCCUUCUUUGAUAAUUUCACCGUUGUCGACAUCGACUAGACGAGCUUCAACGGACGGUAGUGGCCAGCCAACACUGGCAUCUACACGAUCUGAAAAGUCAAGACCGCAGCUGAGCGCCAUACCGACCUCGGUCAUACCAUAACGCUCAAGGAGGACAUUGCCACGGCUGAGAUCUUUCCAGGCGGUCUUGAUAGGCGUUGGGAGUGCGGCGGACCCAGAGAUGGAGAGGCGCAUGUUCUCUGGAGAGAUGGCUUUGCGGGCGGCUUCUUGAGUUUCUUGAGGGAUACUCUUGUAUGAAGUGAGUAGCCUGCUAUACACCGUGGGUACGACUGUGAAGAAUGUGAUUUUCUCUUUAGGGGUAGAGGACUCAUUGUCGAGAAAGGGCGCUGAGAAACGCU